GACACACACUCACUCACACACUCUGCUGCUGCGGUCUUUACUUGUUGCUCCGGCGGGACUGAGUGACGUCACGUGUGCGCGUGCGUCGUUGUAGAAAACAUGAGUAAAGUUUAACUUUGAAGCUGCGCCGCUCAACUCGUCUCGUGCUGGUCUCUCCGGUCUCUCUUGUGGUCUCUGCUGGUCUCUUCUGGUCUCUACUGGUCUCUUCUGCUACCAUCCACGGAAACCCGGCGGAUCUGCUCCGCUACUUUUUUGCUCCAGGCUCGGCUCGGCUCGGCUUCAGGCCCGCCCUGGACAGUUUCUGAUCCGGACGAAAAUCCCAGUUGGACGCCAGUAUGAGUAGAGACGAGGAGCGGUUCAAACUGGUGGUGGUGGGAGGAGGAGGGGUGGGCAAGAGCGCCCUGACCAUCCAGUUCAUCCAGUCCUACUUUGUGUCCGACUACGACCCCACCAUCGAAGACUCCUACACCAAGAUCUGCACCGUGGAUGGAAAGGAGACCCGGCUAGACAUCUUGGACACCGCCGGUCAGGAGGAGUUUGGAGCGAUGAGGGAGCAGUACAUGCGCGCAGGAGAAGGCUUCUUGUUGGUGUUUGCACUCAACGACCGGGGCAGCUACCACGAGGUCCAGAAGUUCCACACCCAGAUCCUGAGAGUCAAGGACCGGGACGACUUCCCCAUGGUGCUGGUGGGAAACAAGGCGGACCUGGAGCAGCAACGAGUGAUCUCCAGGGAGAACGCUCAGGCGUUCGCCAGAGAGAACCGGAUCCACUACAUGGAGGCUUCCGCCAAGAACCGCUGCAACGUGGACGAGGUCUUCCUGGAGCUGGUGCAGAUCAUCAGACGGUUUCAGGAGAUGGAGUGUCCUCCUCCUCAAACGCAUCACGCAAGGAAACAGAAAAGGGGCUGUCCAUGUGUCAUCCUCUGAGAGCGAGAGAGAGAGCAAGCGAGAGAGAGAGAGUGAGAAAGCGAGAGAGAGAGACCACUGAGCUGACUGUGUUACACUGCGUGGAGAAACCAUUAUUCCCAGUGCCAUGUCAAACAUUUCACACUUUUCCUAAAUGCCUUAAUGUGCUGCCUUGUUGCAUGUAGUCCUGCAGGGGGCAGCAGACCCCCGCUGCAGCAUUCUGAUCAGGCCUUGGUCUAGAACCCCUGGUCCCUCAGUAUAGAACCCCUUGUCCCUCGGUAUAGAACCCCUUGUGCCUCGGUAUAGAGCACCUGGUCCCUCGAUAUAGAAACCCUGGUUCCUCGGUCCAGAACCCCUGGUCCUUCGUUCUAGUACCCUUGGUCCCUCGGUAUAGAACCCCUUGUCCCUCAGUAUAGAGCACCUAGUCCUUCGAUAUAGAACCCCUGGUCCCUCGGUCUAGAACCCCUGGUCCCUCGGUCUAGAACCCCUGGUUCCUCGGUCCAGAACCCCUGGUCCCUCGGUAUAGAACCCCUGGUUCCUCGGUCCAGAACCCCUGGUCCCUCGGUAUAGAACCCCUGGUCCCAGAACCCCUGGUUCCUCGGUCCAGAACCCCUGGUCUCUCGGUCUAGAACCCCUGGUCCCUCGGUCCAGAACCCCUGGUCCCAGAACCCCUGGUCCAUCGGUAUAGAACCCCUGGUCCCUCUAUCCAGAACCCCUGGGCCCUCAAUCCAGAACCCCUGGUCCCUCUAUCCAGAACCCCUGGUCCAUAAAUCCAGAACCCCUGGUCCAUCGACACAACUGACACCAGCUGCAUGAAGAAGACUCUAAUUCAGUUUUCAGUGCAGUAGUAUUCAUGACGCCAAAACUUGUUUCUGCAUUUGCACAUUUAAUUUGACUCAAAUACUCUGUGGAUGUUCGUUCUGCUGAUACUGCCUUCUGGUACUUUGUCUUUCUUUUGAUAUAUCUGUUCAUUUGGUUGUAAGGGACACAGCAUCAAUGUCUUCAUAUAAGAUAUAGAUGUAUAAUAAUGUUUGAGAGCUCUCAACUGCAUCCCAUGGUCUUCAUUGGAUGACGGUUGGUCUCCAUGGCGAUGGCUCCAUCGUCAUCCCGUGACAUCUUACGUGUGUAACUUCAGUCCAGGGUGUGAAUGAGCUGCUGGAUCCUUACAGCUCUCUCACAUGUGAUGUCAUACACCACGCCUGUCUCAAGGGCUGAGGGUCAUGACAUCUGAGCGACCUUCGUUCACCAAUGAAGGCCGUGUUUUGAGGUUGAAAGCUCUGGAAAUAAAGCUAAUAAUAUGAGGUUAUGAUGUCUUUCAGUGGAUGGGAAGCACUUUUUGUUUUAGGUCUUGAAGGUGUGUCGUAUUCUAUGUUGCCCAUCAUAUCGCAUAUUAUCCCCACUGCAACGUCACGGGAGCCUAAAGAUGGCCGAGCCCUCGUGGCCCCGCUUGUCAUAUCUGGACUCUGGACUUCCGUGUAACCAACAGACGCACCAGCUGUGUGUGAGUCCUAGCCCCGCCCCCAACGGUGCAGUAGCCCCAGCCCACCAGUGGAGGUCACUGUUGCAGCGACGAGGACGAGCAGCUGGCUUCCUCAGUGCUGGGAGGCAUUGGUACUGCUGUUGGUGUUGUUGUUGUGGGGCGUUAAUCACUUCACAUCUUCAACCGCUUUUUUAUUUUCAAGGAGAGAUUACCUCGUUAAGAACAAUGAAAUACAAUCUCUCGUAUAUAUCUUCUAUAUGUCCGCUCAUAUCCACCUUCUCACCGGUCAUCUUUAAUGCUUUUAAUGUUUACUUAUUUCCCCUUUUUUAAAAUAAGAAUUCAUAUGUAUAUCUAUAUUACUACCUGCAAUUCACAUCUUUCAGUUUUGUAUUAAAAUCAGUCAAAACUCUUUUAUACGUUAUUAAAAACAUUUACAACUUAA